ACGAUCACUAAAAUUCCGUGUUUGAAACGGGAAAUAGGAAAUGUUUCAAAACCAUUUCAAAAAAAUAAUAAUAAAGUUGAGAUUGCGCGGAAUUUUAUCGCAAGUUCCACUGUAAUAUGUCAAGGUACUUGAGUUUUUGGAGAAUGAGUUAUUUGUAGGGAAGACUUACUAAACUUGCUUUGUCUUAACUAUUCAUAGGCUGUUCAAAUUGCAACGAAUUUGGAUAUCUUUUGAAUCAUGAAAAAAUACAAAUUUACCUCUGAGUCUUGAAACCUGUUUGCAGUGAAACUCGUCACACAUCUGUUUGUUGUUAAAUAAAGUAAAGGCAAGUAAACUUAUAUUUAUUUCAGAAAUCUACUCUUCAUUAUUGGUUGUUCGUGGUUCAUACAUCUCAACCGUGAAAAUAUAUCACCUAAAUGAUACGGAAAACUAGUAAAAGACUAGUCAAAAAGUAAGACAGUUUUGACAAUACGUUGAUGCAACCUUUUCCUUUUAGUCGGCGCAUAAUGAUGUUUUGUACACCGUGUUUAUAUGUGUUACAGUCUCGUAAUAUUACAUUACUUUUCAUUCAUAAUACUUAACCUAGCGCACACAGCUAUUCUAAUAGCAGGAAUUGUAAGAGACUAAAAUCUUCAUUUAUAACCUAGAAUAAUACACUUCAUGUAAGGUACAUGUUUGUAUAUUAUUUAACAAACUUAAACAUUUUAUGCGUCGUUCCGUACCCAUUCUGUCAUUAUAUUACAAGAACAGGUGUAUCAUUGAAUGAGAUUCAGGUAAUAUUUCAGUUUACGUUUUAUUUGAUAAAAUAAUAUAUUGUCAUUCAUUCUGUAUACUUUGUCAACUAUAUUGAAUGAUUUUAUAUCUGUCUGUAUUUAUUAUUAAUCUUACUACAACAGGCCAAGGUGUUUUCAAUUUAUCUGUUAAAACAACAUAAUUUUUCUCCAAUAUCUUAUAAACUUAAAAAUGAAACUAUCAAUCAAGCCAUGGUCUAUCGAGCAAAGUUGCUUAAAUUAACAAAUGGGAAAUACACGCGGUUCACAAGUGAUUCAUAAAAGAAAUAAACAAGAUUGACCGAAGUUUUUAUAAUGUUUUCAUAAUAUGUUUAUGAAAGUUUGUCCACAUCGCAAAAGUUUAAAAAAAUAUAUAUCAUUGCAGAUUUCGCACUUGUCUGAUAUCAGCAUUUAUUAGUUGAUCUUCAGUUUUAUGAACCAAAUGUACAUGCUAUUUUUAAAAAUAUCUAGAUUUACUACACAAUGUGCUAUUACUUUUGAAAUCUGGCGUCGUGGCAAUUCAAGAAGCAUAUACUCGACAUCAAACAUCGCCAUGUAACCACAUUGAUGAAGGCUAUUCGCAAAGACUCUUGUGUAAAUUGAACAAAAACGCAAUAUAGAUUGCAAAAUAACGGGGAUAGACUUAAAAAGCAAGAUGUGUUUUUGUUCCAUAGUGGUGUGCAUUUUCUUUUCAAUACCGGUUUACAUAUCGUUCUCAAAUGAUGUAGAGUUAUUUUACCAUAACCAUCUAGUAACGAUAACCUUGAUAGCAGCCGGUCCAAUAGACGUCCUCUGCAUAUUAACAUUGAUGAGCUCGCAGAAAAAGGCACGGAAGAAAAGAUUACAAUUCUGGCAAAAGUCAUCUACAGCGCACAAAAACACGUCAGAGGAUCGAAAACAUCGGAAUAUUUACUCGAGGCUGUAUCUAUCAUAAAAAAUAUACUUAUAGACAUAAAUGUGGACUCAGAGAAAGUGUUUGAAAGGUUUAACAUGAAACCAUCACAUGUUUGUUCAGAAACUUUCCAAGGUGGUAGUUCUGGAUUUGAGAUCGACAGCUGCGAUUAUGGCGUAUCUGUUUCCAGUCUUGUAACUGUAAUUAAAUAUAUUUUUGUAAAACCUAAUGAUGAAGAAUCUAAGGGGUUUGAACUUGAUCAAUUUAUUUCGUCUAUAUAUGACAUAAUGCUAAGUUUCCAAAUGAUCAGAAAUUAAAAUAUCCCUUGGUAGAUAUAAUUCCGUCAAAUGAUAAAUCAGAGGGAGAAGCUCUAAACAAAAUGAUUAAAAAGGUGAAAACACCGUAUGUUUUAGUUGCAAGGAAUAUACAUCUUAUAACAAAUGAUUCUAGACUUGAACGACUGAUUAGAGAAAUAGAAAGUUUGAAUGUGAUUGCUGCAGGAGGCUCAUUUCGUGAUUCCAAUGGACAUUGGAAAAAGGGUUGUUUUCAGUCUGUUUAUCGAAAUUUUUCCUUAAAAUAUUUUGAAGGUUAUGACGAGUCUUUCCACGAAUGUGUGUUCUGUGAUUAUAUACAGGGACCUUUUGUUACAACUACCAGUUACUUGAAACAAAAUUUAUUUCGAGAGUUAUACGAAAACAAUGGAUUAUAUGAAGACUGGUUUCUCCGACUGUUUCAAAGGGGAAAAGAAACGAUUGUGUGCCCGGACGCAAUGUUUUAUGUUAAUAAUGGAACUGAAAUUUCAGAUUCAAACUGGAUAAAGUUUGCACAAAAAUGGGAUCUAUUUAAAGUUAAAACACCGGAAGGACUUACAGUUACCCGAGGUUGUGAGAAGCAGACAACUUCAAGUAGGCCCUCACAAUCACUGUCGCCGUGUGCUUUGCAGAAAAUAAGUAAUGGUAUAAAGAAUAUAAUGCGAAUUUGCGAGGAAACCGGUGUCAUAUGCGAACUACAAGAAGGCACUUCGUUAGGUGCUGUUAAAUUUGGAAAAGUUCUCCCUUGGGAAUUUGACUUUGAUAUAAGUUUUUUAGUGACAAAUUGUUCGAAAUGCAAGCAGCUUCAAAUGGCUUUCGAAAAGACAGCGGACUUAAAUGUUAAUAGCUUUUUAUCGUCUUGUUGCAAUAAUAAAAGUCAGAGAAAAAGUUUUGUCUCAAACUACCAAGGUUUCUACGGUGAUUUUUUAGGAAACCCUGUCUUGGACAGUGAUAUCCUUAUAAAAGCCGGUUUAGCACCUACGAAAAUAUUGUUUGAUGGACAAUGGGUUAAUGUUCCUAGAAAUCCUGGUCUAUCCAUUCGAAAUAGAUACGGCAGAGAGUUAUAUCAACAUGCUGAACACUGGAGGUAUACUGGAGGUGGAGUUGCAAAUGCCAAACUUAACUACACAACUAAUCUAUUUUAGCAUGCAAAGAACAAGGCAGUCACGACUGUUUGGAUAGAUAUAACGCCGAUGGCGACUUGUCAUUCGGAGAAGUACUUCCAUGAUGCUUACUUAAGUGUUUAUGACGAUUAUAAAGAGAUGCUUGUUGAAGUGUAUACGAUUUCAAAACAAUUUAGUGCUGCCAAGCUUCAUAUUUACAUAUGAAUAUAAUACUACUUGGACUUUUCAUGUAAUAAUUAGCCGGGUUGCUUUAAUAAUGCUUAUUGCUAGUUACAUGUAACAAGACUUCACAUUAGUUAUAUUGCAUCUGUAUUGCUAAUUUCAUGUGCUAUUUGAGGUAAAACGCGACACGUUGCGGGCUCUAGUGUAGCAUCUUGCGAUUUGGCAAGUGUAUAUUUCAAACAAUGCAGUUUAUUUUUCACCAGUAGAGCCAACCAGUUUGUGUACACGGGUCGAAGUUGACCAUCAAAGCAAGUUUUUGAAAAUGAUGUCGCGGCGUAUCCUUGGCAACUCUAACGGAUACUGAAACGGCACAAGCCAAUCAAUUUUCUAAACGUUUAUACUAUUCGAGGAUAAUUAAUUUUUACUGUAUGCUGAUAUAAAAUCAUUGCUUUACACCGGCAAAUAUAUAUUGGAAAAAUCGGAAGAAAUUCGCCGUUUUCUACUUGAAGUUGAUCAAGUGUUUAGCUGCACUCUCGACUCAUUAAAAUAUCCCUGAAUUAAAUUUUUGAUAUCUUUUCAUAUAUGGUGUUUAAAAUACAAACCGAGUCUAAAUGACAAAUAGAAUUGGGGGAUCACCGACUCACAUUUUUCAGUAUAUGCGUAUAUUUUCUACUCUAAUUCGACGUCUGCAGAUAUGUAAGAGACAUUAUAAUUCAGCCAUUAUGUUUAGCUUAUCAGUUGCACCAUUUUAGUGUGUUACUGGUGAUAUUUAUCUUGGUUCUUUAAACAGAAGGUUUUCUUUUCAAAAGAGGUGUUUAUUACCGUAGAACUGGUGAAUUUAGUGCAAAAUAAUUCCAAUGCAGAAUUUAUAACAUACACCAUCACGACAACUUCGCUAAAAUAUACUGAUCAUGUUUAUGAAAAUCGCUUUAAAUAUAUUUUCCAUUUGAUAAUGUUUAUUCUUCACCCAUUUCUUAUUCAAACCACCAAUAAAUAUGUUUUCCAUUGUAAUAUACUGCUGAAAUGAAGAAUUCAUGCAUAUGCCAUUGUGUAGAUAGUUCGCAGUUUUCACACUUGAAAAAAAGAAAUGAAGCAUCAUUAUCAUAAAAUAGCAUAGAUAAUUAUUAUACAACAGGUUCAAAUAUUCUUAAUUUUGAUAAAUUAGCCGCCCCUCCACGAAAGAAAAGUUAGUUUGUAUUUUUGUAUCUUUAUUUCUUAAUGUUUUCCCUAAUAUACCUACUAAAUUCGCACGCACACACACAAACGCACUCGCAUAAUUAGGUCAUACAGUUCUACUAUUUAGUUUCUUAAUUAUCCAGCCUUCUAACAUUUUACUAAAGAUUAAUUACCAUAAGCUUACCCGGAUAAUUACCUGCUCCACGCAAAUGUUAACACAUUUUGACGGCGGAAUUUUGUCUUGUAUUUUCUGGUCAGAUAGUUAAUUUUUCAGUGGUGAAGUUGCAAGCUACUUGUUGGUUAGGUUAACGGCCCGUCGUAACAUAUAAAACAACGCUAAAGCCAAAACAAACAAUUUUCUUUCUUUUUAAUUUCAUGGAGUAUUUAACAGUCUUGGCAUAGUAUGUACACGUAUUUGUGAUAAUUGAAAGGUUUCUAAAUGUUAGGAAAAAUAGUAUAUAUGUUUCUAUUAUAUGUCUAUGAAAACAAGGGAACCCUUUCUUUACACACGUCAGUGGAGAGCUAAAAACCUCUUUGCAAAGGAUGGUUUUUUAUCUAGCUAUAGCCAAAAUGUUGGAAACAGAACCUUUUCAGAGCAACAUCCUCCUAAUAACAAAAUCUGUUUCUCCGUGCUUGCACUUUAUUUAGAAUCGAGGUGUCUGACUCAAAAUAUAUUCAAAGGGUAAUGUUAUUCAGAGCAAAGGACAAGGGUGCCGAUUUUGUCGCAUUCUCAUGAUUACAUUUAACAUAGUCUAAAUAUUAAAAACAGAUUUCUACACUGCAAUUACAUCGCACAAGGUAAUAGAAUUUUGAAAGCUAUUUUGAUUUAUUUUUACUAAGAAAAAUGAAGUAGAAGAGUUUAUCUAAAAAGGGGAAUUUACAAGAAAAAUACUCCUUUGCGCUAUCCCGUGAUAUUGGGGUAGGUGUAGCGUAAUGAAAUUUUACGCGAAAAGGAAUACGGCGAUAGAAUAAUUUUAUUUCUUCAAAAGACAAAAAUAAAGUUUUCAUCAUCAUGUUAGUUUUGAGUGAAAUUCUAUGGUUUCAAAACUAAUAUUCUUUCGCUCUACCUUUAAACACAAGAAACCGGCGGCAACUACCGUCAUUGAAUGGGCAGGUAUAUAGGCAGUGGCUUAUCAGCAGUGUUACUUAUGCAUGUAACAUAUUUUGCUUGACCAGCAUAGAGAUUUUAUACAACAUUUGGUUCUGAUAAAGUUAGGAUAUGACCUUAAUGAUGAUGAAUAUACGCUUUAGUGUAACAAAGUGAUAUUUUUAUACUGUACAUAGUCAUAUUGCAAAAUCAGUUCAUUGAAUAAUAGAUUGAUUGUAUAAUAUAUGGUGGCUUUAAUAAAUUUGGACCUCUACAGACAUUUUUUAUCAUAAUAUGGACAUUAAUUCCAUUAGUGAUUUAUAUUGUUAAAUAUUGAAUCCAUUGUUAUAGACAUAGUACUAGAGAAAAAGAAAUGACAUAAAUAUUUAUCCAAUCCUGCAUUUACCUGUACAUCUUCAUGACACAAGCUAACAUGCAUAAAGAUGUAAAUGUAUGGUUAAACGCUUAGUGAUAUAUCAUUUCAUUAUGAUGCCAAUUUUCAUGUUAAAUACUGAAAUUGUUUUUCUUGUUUUAUAUAUAAUAUGUGUAGUGAUACAAAUAACACUAUAUCUAAAUUUCAGUUUCAAUAGUGAUUCUGAAUUUGAUACCAGAGUUAAAACAUUUUCUGAUGUUACACAAUAAUAAUGUAUAUGACAUUUAUUGUACAUUGAGAUAAGUUAUUCCCGCAAUAAUCCAUGUAUAAUUGGGGAUAAACUAUUUACCAAUGAUUUGAUAGGUAGAACUAUCAGGAAGAGCAUGUAAAUUAAAUAAGAAGUUUCAGAAAAUUUGAUAAAACGCUUAAAACGAUCAAAUCAAGACUUAGGAUUAUAUUCAGUCUUAAAGUUUACUUAUCAGCAGCCAGGUUUAUUUUUUAAUGUUUUUUCAUCAUCUAAAAUUUUAGGUGCUAUUCUUACAUGUUAUUGAUGAAAUAUUGAAUAGGGUACGUGAUUUAUUGUUAUGCACAUAAACAAAACAUUUUCUCAAAUCAUAACAUAACUUGUAAAUCCCCUGCUUGAAUAUCAUGUAGAUUAUUUGUAAUGUGCAUUUAAUAGUUCUGAUGUUUAAUAUUUUUAACACUGAAUUUUCUCAGAUGUCGUAAAAAUUAUGUUUUUAUUUCCAUUUCAAAAUAGUAAAAGUUAUUAUUCCUCUCGUAUAAUUAUUGUAUUGAAUUCGCUUUCUAUAUAGAAUGUCAGUUAUUCUUCCCAAAACAGUUUCCUUAAAUUUUGAAAGUCUUUGCCUUUAGAUUCUUUGAUCCUGUCUGUCGUGUGGGGUUUCUAACGUUUUCAUGUGAAUUCCCUGUCCACAUUUUCGCUGCAGUCUAAUAUGUCAAUUGCACUACGACGCUCAUAUUACACAUUGCCAAAUGCUAUUCGCUUGUCAUGGAAUAUGCGGCAUGCAUUGUUGAAGAAUUCAACGUAAUGUGUAUCAAUACCAUGCACAUAGUCCUCUGGUGAUUUUUAUACCUGCAAACUCUGGAUCGCUUUCUUUAGUAUACUUUCAUCAACAGAGUCAUUGAUUAUCAGCUUUGAUGGUACAUAAUACGGAUCCAUUCUACAUGUGUAGGUUAGGUGGCCGUUUUCAUGUUUAUUCCGGUAAUGAGGAACAAUAUUGUCCAACAUUGAUUUUAGACUUUUUGAUGAUCCUUUGCAAUUUUUCAUUCCAUGGUACACCUUGGCUUUGACGGUAGCGGUUUUAUCAGUGAGCUCAAGGUGCAAGGUUUUAUCAUGCAUUUUUGGUCCCUCUCCAGUCGGCUUGAUUACUUUAGUUACACCUUUGCCUGCAUGUCAAUUGUCAUUGGCAUUGCCAAAAGUUUUCCGUUCCUGACGAAGAUACUAUUUACAGAGGCAUUUCUAUCAUGUUCACGAAUAUAAAUAGAAAUAUCACCAUUGUCAAAAUUUUCAUACAGCCAUUUUACUAAUACAAGUUCGUGUUUUUGACUAACGGGUUAGUCAUCCUUAGUGACAGUGGAAUCUCCAACAACUGUAUGUGUCAUAGUCCCAAUGGCAAUAAUGUCAGACAGUUUAGCGUUUUUUCUAGUUGGAUAUCUUGCAUCUGUUAAAAUGGUUAGUCCUUUAUAUUCAGUAGAACUGUUUUCAGCUGCGUCAAUUGCGUUUAUUUCUUCUUCCUGUCUAGCUUCUAUGAUUGCUUCUAAGGCUACAUCUUUUGUCACAUCACAGUACAUGGAGUGCACACUUAAAAGAUGAUUCCGCACAAACAUUGAACCUUCACAGAACCGGUUGUACUGACUGUAUCUAAGUCCUGACAUAUAAAAUCCAUGUAUCACUUGCAUGUGUGCUGAGAAUCGCCUCUUUUCAAUAUGAGGUGAGGUGUCCAUUUUCAGUUAGUGGUUGUUCUGGCAACGGAAUUAAACUUUUCCAGCAUGACAAAAUCUUACUAUUUAUUCAAGAUCUAUCUGGCAUUCCACGUGUUGCUAAAGUAUUCCCGCACAUAUAUUUCUUAAGGCCAACUUGCUCAGAAGUAAGUGUUCCUCAUCAAUUGCAUCUUGCUCUGCCGUUAGUAUGGUUAGUUUGUUUCACAUCAUGGGCUUCCAGAUAAUAAUCCAAAACAGUAUUUAGCAACUGUGUGUUUUGACAUCAAUUAUAUUGUCGCUGAUCAAAGACUUGCAUUUGUGGAAUUCGCUCAAUAAUGAUAGCUUGCUUUCUUCAGAUGGCACAUAGAUAGCACAUAGAAUUAAAUAGAUCUACUUAUAACAGGAUUACUUUUUAGUUUACGUUUUAAAUUCCGUCACUUCAUUGGAGAUCCUGAAUCAGGUUUACUUUUCUUCCUGGCAUAUGAAAUCAAAGUUCAUCAAAAAUGAACGUCAGUGGUCGUGCUUAAAGAUUUGCGAAGAAAUAAAAUACAUAAAUAUCUAACAUAUAAAUACGCAUUUGAUGAGGAAUAUGCCGGAUUUUAUAAUUGUCGGAACGGAACCAAAUAACUUCAUCUUAGACGCAUUCCAUCUUAAUUUUAGCAGAUUUCGUUACAUGUACGUUAUAUAUUAUAUUGAAAUUUACUUGGAUUCUACUUAUUAAUACGCUUUUUCACAUAAUUAUCAGCAUCAUGCCAUGGAAUGAAAUGUUUAUUGUUGUUUUGUAUAAAGGUCUUUGAGGACCAAUAAAACACUAAAUGGUGCAGCUGAAAAACACAAUGGCCGAAUUAUGAUGUUUGUAACGUAUCUGCAUACGUCGAAUGACGGUAAAAUAUUUACGAAUGGCGGUUGGGGAAAUGUAAUCAUAUGUACCGAAAAACUUAAAAAACUUGAGUCGGUAACCCCCAAUAUCAGUUGUCAUUUGGACUUGGUAUACAUUUUAAACACCGUGUAAACCACGUCAUGUCGUCCAUUGUAUUUUUUUUCUUUGAGUGCUACUCAAAAUGCCUUUCCGUUCCUUGUACUGUUUAUCUUUUGUACCAACUUCUUGUGACACAUAAAUCAUUUGCCAUUCAUAACCCUGAUUUUCGAAUCUUUAAUAUGAGCUUUAUAUAAUAUAUAUUUGCCAUUUUCUCUUCUCGUCUUCAGGUUCCUUAAAGGAAAGACUAGCCACUAGACUGAUAAUAAUAAAUUUGUAAUUGAAUUUAACAUUUUUUUUUCUAUUUUGUUGAAAAGUUAUAUAAUUACACAUGUCUAUUUAAGAGAGAUUUUUGAGAUUUUGUUGUAUAUAAGAUAUAGUUUACAUUUACACGUAAAAACCUAAGAAAGUAACAACUUUAUCAAAUCGAACAAAAGGCGUUUGUUUGAAUCUUUGGACGCAGACGUAUUAUAUCGAUUAUUUUGCGUCGUUAAAAAUAUUAGAAUUGAUUUCAUAAGUAAAGUAUCAAUACAUGCCUUAUAUACUUUUUUAGUACAAAAUAUAAAUGAAUUAGUUCCUCUUUUCUUCUAUAUGUAUUUGCAUUGUAUGCACAAGCGCUGGAAAUGUGCAGAAAAAGAGUUAAUUUAUGCUUGCAUUUGAUUUUUACAAUGGCGAUGAUCCACGAAUGUAUUUAUCACUAGAAAUAAAUAGGGAUGAAUUGAUUAAUCAUUUGCUUUUCUCAAUCGGCUAUUUAGAUUAAAUGUUAAAAUAAAUCGGGAACGCGCUAGAUGAAAUGAUGGAUUCAUUCAUGUUUGAUUUUAUACCUGUUUUGAGUCAUGAAUGCUUUUUUUCAGUUCAUGUCAUAUAAGUAUUAAACAUUUCUUUCUUUCAAUAUUGGCAUUCAUUCUACAUACACGUACAAGUUCGAAAACAUGCAAAAUGUUUGACCUUUGAAAUGGUCGGAGAAUAUCAUUUUCACUACACAUAUUGAUUGCAUCCCGUAUUUUUGAAAUAUAUAAAUUAUUUAAAUCCCGUAUUUCCGGCAUAUACGGGAAAUAUACGGAGUUGUAUACCAAGCAUAUACGCACAGACACGUCCCGUAUUUUCGAAAAAUAAAAUUAUUUAAAUCCCGUAUUUCCGGCAUAUACAGGAAAUAUACGGAGUUGUAUACGAAGAAUAUACGGGAAAUUUAAUCCCUGUAUUUUCGGAAUAUACAAACUAUACAUAUCCCGUAUAUCCAGAAUAAGCGGUAAAUAUACGGAGUUGUAUACAAAGAAUAUACGGAAAAUGUAAGACCCGUAUUUUCAAAACAUACAAAUUAUUUGAAUCCCGUAUUUCUGGCAUAUACGGGAAUAAUACGGAGUUGUAUACCAAGCAUAUCCGGGACAUAUACGUCCCGUAUUUUCGAAAUAUACACAUUAUUUAAAUCCGUAUUUCCGGCAUAUACGGGAAAUAUACGGAGUUGUAUACGAAGAAUAUACGGGAAAUUUGAUCCCUGUAUUUUCGAAAUAUACAAACUAUACAAAUCCCGUAUAUCCAGAAUAUACGGGAAAUAUACGGAGUUGUAUACAAAGAAUAUACGGGAAAUGUUAGUCCUGUAUUUUCAAAAUAUACAAAUUUUUUAAAUCUUGUAAUUUUGGCAUAUACGGGAAUAAUACGGAGCUGUAUACCAAGCAUAUACGGGACAUAUACGUCCCGUAUUUUCGACAUAUACAAAUUAUUUAAAUCCCGUAUUUCCGGCAUAUACGGGAAAUAUACGGAGAUGUAUACGAAGGAUAUACGGGAAAUUUAAUCCCUGUAUUUUCGAAAUAUAAAACUAUACAUAUUCCAUAUAUCCAGAAUAUACGGGAAAUAUACGGGGUUGUAUAUGAAACAUAUACGGGAAAUAUACGUCCCGUAUUUUCGUAAUAUACGGAUUUAUGUAUUCCCGUACACUAGACAUAUACGAUAAUAUACGGUGUUGUAUUCGAUCAGAAUAACCCUUUUUAGAAUUUCCCGUAUUUCAAUAAUAUACGGGGUAACGUAUACUAAGAAUUCCGUAUUUCAUAGUAUACGGAAAUCCGUAUUUUAUUAGUAUACGGACUUUUAAAUAUACAAGCCCCGUACAAGCCCGUAUUUUAGUUUUCCCGUAUUUCUUCCCGUAUACGGGUAAUAUAUAGGACCCCGUACACUCCCGUAUAUUAUUUUUUCGCAGUGUUGGUUAUUCCUAUUGAUGGUUUCAAAAUGCAGAUUCAAAGCUUGAAGACUAGAUGUCAUUUUUGUUACUACCCUUCUUAGUCUAACGCAAAAUGCUAACUAAGCUUUGUAAAAAGAGCUAGUAUGCGGUCAAUUGACGAUUUAAUUUCAUGAAAAAUGGUACUUAAAAAUGUUUUAAAUAUUUCGAAAUUUCGUUCAUAUGUCAUUUUAUGAUACAUGUGUAUGAGGGUUUGCCUGAUUUUACCAGAAAUAUCUAUCGACGCAUGUCGGACUGUUGCUCCAUUUCCGAUGUAUGAUCAGCACGAAAAUAGUAUACCAGAUCCUAUAUCUUAUAUGAAAUCAAUAUUUUUACACGGAUUAAUUUAUUGUGAAUCAUGAAAUAAAUUCUACCAAAUUAGA